GUGGAGGCCAGUGGAGGGAUUGGCAGAGAGGGGUGGAGGACACUGAGUGGAGGCCAGUGGAGGGAUUGGCAGAGAGGGGUGGAGGACACUGAGUGGAGGCCAGUGGAGGGAUUGGCAGAGAGGGGUGGCAGAUAUAGAUUGGUUAGUAAGGUGGAGCGAUUGGAUUUGGGGCUGAAAGGACAGAAGGGAGUCCAG